UUAUUUUAUUGUGUCAACAUCCAACCAAGCAGUUUUCUGAACAUUUUAAAACAUUAACUCGUUAUCACAUACUUAAAUAGAACUAUGGCACCACAUUCUCUUAAAGCACAAAUAAAUUUACCACAGAAAACCUGCAACGGUAAUAAUAAUGGACACAUGCAUAACGAUGUAAGUGUAUCAACAUUGAUUCAUCAGAAAGAUACUUCCAACACUAAUGGAAAAAUCGAAACUAAAUCUUCAGAGCCGUUUAAGCCUCAAAUUAAAUGGCCAGAUUUAAUGGCGCAAGUAGCAAUUCACCUUGGAUUCCUGUAUGGAUUGUAUUAUUUAAUAACAUUUAAAGCAAAAUUCUUUACAUACCUAUGGUUCAUUUUCCUAGUCUACACAUCGGGAAUUGGAAUUACAGCUGGGGCACAUCGAUUGUGGAGUCACAAAUCAUAUAAAGCAAAAUGGCCAUUGCGUGUUCUUUUGAUGAUCUUAUUCACAAUUUCUGGCCAGAGAGAUGCUUACACAUGGGCACAUGAUCAUCGUGUUCAUCAUAAAUAUUCAGAGACUGAUUCUGAUCCUCAUAAUGCACAUCGAGGAUUCUUCUUCGCUCAUGUUGGAUGGCUGUUUCUGACUCCCCAUCCCAAUGUAAUUGAAAAGCGUAAAGCAAUUGAUAUGAGUGAUUUGGAAGCCGAUUCAGUUGUCAUGUGGCAGAAAAAGUAUUUUAUUCCACUUUUCGCUCUUCUAGUCAUAAUAAUACCAAUAACAGUCCCAUGUCUAUGGAAUGAGAAUUUAUGGAUUUCAUUUUGGACUGUCUUUGUAUGUCGCUUUGCUACAACACUUAACAUUGCAUACUCUGUAAAUAGUGUAGCUCAUAUGUUUGGCACGAAACCUUAUGAUAAGCAUAUCAUGCCUGUUGAGAAUUUGUCUGUGGCAAUCGCUGCAAUGGGUGAAGGUUGGCACAACUUCCAUCAUGUUUUUCCAUUCGACUACAAAACCGGAGAAUUUGGUGGAUGGAAGGGCUAUAAGUACAAUAUAACAACAGCUGUGAUUGACUUUUUUGCCCACAUUGGUUGGGUGCAAGAUCGAAAGUUUGCAAGUGCCGACAUGAUUGCAAGAAAAGUUGCAAAAUCAGGUGAUGGUACUCAUUAUUUAUCUCAUGAAGCAGCACACAAAACAUCACUGUGGGGAUAUGGUGAUAAAGAUAUUGAUGACGAGGAUAAAAAGGACUUGGGCACAAUGAAAAAUUAAUGUCAUUCAUGUUAAUAUUUAUAUUGUGUUAAAAAUUAGAAUGAUUGAAUAAAUUAUU